AUGAUCGCAGAAGUCAGAGAGAUUAUUCUUGGCCUGGGAUUCUUGCUUCUUUCUUUGACUUCAGAAACAGAUGCGACAGCCGAUCUGGAUCUCUUCUGUUUGUUUAAUGGGCAAAGGUACAACCCAGGAGACAGUUGGCAUCCGUACCUGGAACCCCACGGGGUGAUGUACUGCAUCAAAUGCACCUGUUUUGAGGAUACCAACGUAAGCUGCUAUCAAAUCCAGUGCCCUUUGCUUCCGUGCCCAAACCCCAUCAUGGAACCUCAGCAGUGCUGUGGCAGAUGCCCAGAGUUUUACAGUCAGCCUGGACUCGAGGAGCCUGUCGAUUCCUCCUGUGAAUACAAUGGGGCAACGUACCAAAACGGCGACAUGUUUACCGCCAGCGAGCUCUUCCCUUCCAAGCAGUCCAACCAAUGCACGCAGUGCAGCUGCUCGGAAGGCCAGAUCUACUGUGGUUUGGUGACCUGUCCAGAACUAUUCUGUGCCUCACCUCAGAACAUCCCAGAUUCCUGCUGUCCAGUUUGCAGAGAUAAUUCCUACGACAGUUUGACAGAAGAGGAACCCCUGCAGCUGAAUGGCCACUCACGGGAGCAGUGCGCAGGGGAGACAAGAAGCGAAGCAGCUGAUAUGCCAACCGGUGCUUCACUGGAAUUCGCCCCUAACAGCGGCAAGCAGAGAGGGGGUGGCACAACGGUCAAAAUCAUUUUGAAAGAGAGGCACAAGAGAGCUUGUGCGUACAAUGGGAAGACCUACUCCCACGGGGAAGUCUGGCACCCAACUUUCCGCUACUUUGUGCCCCUGCCUUGCAUUCUGUGCACCUGCCAGGACGGGAUCCAGGACUGCCAAAAAGUCGUGUGCCCCCGCGAGUACCCUUGCGACGAGCCUCAGCACGUAGAAGGGAAAUGCUGCAAAGUCUGCCCAGGCGACGAGAUGAUACCCACCACGGCGGUCAACACCAAUAAAUGCAGAGUGUCCAUCUACAUGUUCAUUGCUUCCAGUGCUGAGAAAGAAAACUUGAGGAAAAUCGCCAUAGAGAAGGAUUCCUCAGACUAUGUGGAAAUCUAUAUCUGGAAGCUCGUGAAAGGUGUAUUUCAUUUGGUUCAGAUCCAGAAGGUCAACAAGCUGGAGUUCAGGCAAGAAGUCCAGAACUUCCGGAUGCUUUCCCAGACAAAUGAAGCUUAUUGGAACGCGUUUCUGGUGCAGGGGCCGGAAGUGAAGCUCUCAGAGGGUCCUGACAAAGAAAUGAGGAACUUAUAA